AGACGCUUUAGGAACCAAGCGAUCAUUUCAGUUGCCGGCGAAUCGCGGCCCGAUCACGUCAUGAACAUGCGCGGGAGUUUGUGCUAACCGCCUCAUGCCUUCCCUGAAAACCACGAAAAGUGACAGGAGCAAAAAGGGGUUUCACGAAGGCAGCGCGCGAUGGCAGGACGAGAUCAGCGAGGUGACGGAAGACGACUCAGACGAGGUGGAGGCUGGCUACAUCUCCAGUGACGAGUCGGCGCACGCGGCCGACCUGGGCGACCGGCUGAGGGUCAAGUCCAGGGAUAUUUGGGAGUUGGAAGAAAUUCUACAGUCAUUGCAUAAGCUUCCUCUCUCCGAUGAGAUAUCAGCGUUAGUGGAAACCGGGCACUACGAAGAUGCUAUCAACUUCGUAUCACAAGAUGAAGUGGCAAUCCGCACAGCAGCACUCUGGGCUUGCUGGAUGGGCAAGUGCUCCUUUCUGUGUAAGCUGCUGAAGAAUGGAGCUGAUCCUAAUAGCACUGAUGAUGCUGGGAGGUCAUGCUUACACCUGAGCUGUUUAGUGGCGAAGGAGGAAUGUGUGAAGUUGUUGCUGGACCAUGGAGCGGACCCCAACCUGUGGGACUCCAACACUGAACGAAAAGCGACGCCGUUGCACUGCGCGGCGAGCGCUAAGUCUUUGUCUUGUGUCAAGCUAUUGAUAAGCCAUGGCGCGGAUGUCAACGCAGGCCUGAAUGAACACUCCCCGCUGCACUACGCGGUGCUAAGCGACGCGCCGGAAGUCGUAAGCGCCCUGCUAGAGGCCGGCGCGUGCCCUGACACGCCGCAGGUAUUCACAGAAACUCCUCUACAUGUAGCAGCAUCGUUAGGUUCUGCUGCAUGUAUGAAGUUGCUGUUGAACGCAGGCGCAGAUGUGCGUGCAGCUUUAGGACCAGGUCGAGCAACGGCCUUGCAUUUAGCAGCAGUUGAUGGCCAUGCGGAGUGCGCGGGGCUUUUACUGGAACACGGGGCACAUAUUGAUUGGCCGAAUUCGAGAGGACAGACUAGUCUUCAUCUAGCGGCAUUAGCUCAAUCAGUGGAAGUAGUGGAACUACUAGUGGCCAAACGCGCCGAUGUCCGCGCAAGGGACGUUGACGGAAGGACGCCACUACACGGAGCGAUCGUAAGGGGCGCUAGAGCCUGUGACGUUGCGCGGCUAUUGCUGUCGGUGGGCGCGGACCCUAAUGCUCCGGAUAACUUUGGCUAUACCCCGCUCCAUAUUGCAGCGUUGAACGAGUUUUCUGCGUGUGUUUUGCUGCUUCUAGAUUACGGAGGCGAUGUGACCCUACGCACUAACGGUGGAGUGUCAGCUCUAUCGUUCAUAGUGCGAAGGGUUCCGGAUGUGAUCCCGCGGUACAUAAGCAAGCUUGACGACGCCGUGCAUGUCAGCGAGCACGAGGUCGGCGAUGUUGACUGCGAGCUGACCAUCGACUUCCGACCCUUGGUUCCUUGUCUCUCCCGAGGAGAGGCUGAGUUACUUCUCGCUUUUGUAGAGGUGGGUCGAAAAGACCUUUUGAAGCAUCCAGUAGCAGAGACAUUCCUUUUCUUGAAGUGGCGCAGAAUAAGAAAGUUCUUCGUUUUAAGUUUCGUUUACCACGCGAUAUUCAUCACAUUGUACAGCCUUUAUAUUCUGCAGAUAUUCCUGUGUGAAGACGCGACUUGCGACGUGCCAAGUUAUCUGCGUCCAGUGCAAUACGUCAUAGUACUCUUGAACAUAUGCUUUAUGAUCAAAGAAAUAUUUCAAGCGUGCCUCGACUAUUCCGCCUAUAUCCGACAGUGGGAGAAUUGGUUGCAGCUGCUCAUAGUUAUAGGAGUUUUCUUAUGUACGAUACCAACGUGGUAUCGAGAUAAUGGAGUGACGAACUCCAACACGUCGAACUGGCAACACGAUGUGGCGGCCAUAACUAUUUUCUUUUGCUGGUUCGAAUUGAUGAUGAUCAUUGGACGAUUCCCUACUUUUGGAUUAUAUGUGCAAAUGUUUACAACAGUGACUGUGAACUUCGCAACAUUUCUCCUCGCCUAUAGCUGUCUGCUCAUAGCAUUCGGCCUAGCAUUUAGCGUGCUCUUCAGCAACUACCCAGCCUUUCACCUCCCAGCUGGGCUGGUCAAGACUGUCAUGAUGAUGUCCGGGGAACUUGAGUAUGAGGACAUCUUCUACAACAACUGUACAAACUCGGAGAUAUACUACCCGUUGACAGCGCACGCAAUGUUUCUGAUAUUUGUGUUGCUUGUGACAGUUAUAUUGACGAAUUUGUUGGUCGGUUUGGCUGUGAGCGACAUCCAGGCACUACAAGAAAGCGCAGGCUUGGACCGCCUAGUCCGUCAAACGCAACUUGUAGCCCAUUUGGAGAGCAUGCUCUUCAGCUCCUUGCUGUCAUGCGCCCCGCAGCAACUGAUGUCGGUAUUGCGCUGGGGAGCCUUGCUGACCGCUUCGCAUAUGCGCACGCUCAACAUAAGGCCCAAUGACCCCAGGGAAAAUAGGAUACCAAGAGAAUUGAUAGCGUCAAUAUACAAAAUGGUGGUCAGCCGUAAAGCGACAAAGAAAAGCGUACGAAAGAAUAACAACUAUGAAUGCCGAAUAAAGCAGUGCAAAGGCGAAGAGGACCUAGAGAGACAAGUCGUCAAGAGAAAGAGCUAUUUGUACGACCGGUUCUCAAACGAAAAUGUCGAAAGGAGAAAGAGAACCACUUCAGCAACUGUAGAAACCAGAACCAGACCAAUGUCGUUCAAUAUUAACGCUAUACAAGAGAUAUGUAUGGUUGACAUUAAAACCCAGUUGACAGAAUUGACAAAGAGAGUCAAUAAGUUGAUUGAAACCACUGAUGCAAAAUUAAGUUCAAUUGAAAAGAAAUUAGAUGAUAGGCAGCCUCCUUGAGGAAGUUUUUUGGAAAUUAGUCUAAGAUUGUAUUAUUUUAGUUAGUAAAGAUUUUGUUAAUGUAUUUAUAAACAUAAAUAAGAGUGAAAAGGUUUUUUUACUGAUAUUAAAAGAAAACCUCUGCAUUA